AUUAUCAAGCAGUAAAAAAAACAAAGUACCCUCAUAAAAAAAAUAAUACAACAACAGAACAAAAAUACUACCAAAAAAAUAAGCUAUAAAACUAAAAGGCCAUUUCAGACCACUUACCUUGCGUCACCAGAGUCCCAAGUGUUUUAGUCCUUACCAAUGCAUUUAAAAACAAACAAACAAAAAAAAAAGGCAGAGAGGACCAAUUUCUGGCAUGGCAAAGUUAAUAUAUUUUAAGAAAAGGUGAAUUAUUAAUAAGAAUCACAGUAAUCAAUAGUCAUGUCAAUAUGAGAAUGAAGGGAAGCAUGUCUCUGAAGCGUUUUUCCCAUGAGAAAUUGUCUUGCAAAAGGAAACCAAUAGGAUUUAGUUUACUCUGAAAUUUUUUGCAGAGGAACACUUUGUGGAAAGGUUUGCUCAUUUGUUGCUGGAAUUUGGUGAGCACUGAAUUCCUAAAGCUCAAGUAAAGCACCUGAGCACACGUUUAACAUGAGCAACCUUACUGUGUCAAAUCUCUGCCUCGCUGCCACGUCACACCACAGGUACCUGUAGGCAUCCUGCUUGGAAGAAGUUCACUUUGAUACCUGGAUAAACAGAGUGAGGAAGACGUGCUGCUGCUUCCUGGCAGGUGUCCACCUCGUCGUGGCACAGAGCAUCCAUGCAAGAGGCCCACAUUGUAUGCGUGGCUGAGAAAGCUGCCAGAAAUACAGUGUUUUGGGGUUCUCAGGAUGUUUUUUGAGGAUGGACUUCCACCGUUGGUGAGCAGUGUUUGUAUUUGCAUCAUUUGAUCUCAGCAGAAGCAAGCGCUGUAGAAUUGCCUGGGCACACAUUAACUAAAUAGCAAUGCUUGCUGGUGCAGUAACCACCAAGCAAACAAUCCUGCGGCUUCUGGACCUGCUUCUCUUCCCACCCGCAAAAAUACAAAGAGAGAAUUCCUUAGGUCCUUGAAACUGGAGGAACUUAGUUAUUAUGAAAGCUGAUGGUCAGCUCCACUGAGACAACCAGGUCAUCCUUGAUUUUGAUAAAUGAAGCUGAUUUUGAAGCUGAUUAAUGCUUAGCAAAUUUGAAUGACAGCAAAUUCUCUGUCCUUUCAGCCUCUCACCGGAGCCUGGUCAGUACCCAGCCAAAACACCGAGCGGGUAGAGUCCAGGCCUCUUCUAUAAAGAGGGUGAUAAAGAGGGUGCAGUAGUUCAGGUGAAGCAGAGCUGCCUCUUGCCUAGCCUGGGCGGAUGUUUAAAAACCUGCUCCACAGAAACCCAUAUUAAACAUACCAGCUGCCUGCGGGGUGGCGUUGCCUGUGUUACUGAAACCCCAUUUUCCCUUACUCUCGUUCACCACCUUAGUUCUUCCUUGAUAUUUCAGUGGCUCUUCUGUCCUCCUACCACCUAUGAGAGGAGCCAGAGUUCGCAGGGCUGGCAAAGGGAGAGCCGGGAGCUGUGAUUGUGUCUGCUGGAGAGAAGAGGUAGUCUCAGCUCUGAAAUUUUUAAUUAAGAAUUCUUCUUAAUGGCACCUGAUGGCCUGAGUUCUUUGGGUGUCCAUAAAGAGACAUUUCUGCAUCAGUCUGAAGGAUUAGCUGGAAUAUAAGAAGUCUUUGCUAAUUUGUUCACCAGAUGGUACUUGCUAGAGUGAAAAAAAAUCCAGUAUGACAAAAAUGGGAUAGCUUUUGGGAUAGCUCCAAAGCUUUCUUUCUUUUUUUCCAGAAACCACAGCUUCUGCUUUAUGUGCAUUUUACAGCAGUAUUUACAGUUAACACUGUGCCACAAAGUAGCCAUGAUAAAUUUCCAUCUGAAACAUGGUUUCUCUUGCUUACUUCAGCCUUCCAAAUGCUGGCAACGAGAACAUUUGUUCUUUCAUGGGCCAGAAAGAAGCAUUCACACCAGGCUGGAUAGGAUCUUAAAGGCUGCCACGAGAUACAUGAAUACUUGCAGCGUGGAUGUGCACAGCUGCUAGGAUGUUCAAGGCAAGCUGUAGCAAAACAUGGGCCUUGUGUCUCUUGGAGGUGCAGCAGUGCUGGAAUUCAGCGAUUUGCUCUCUCAUCAGAAUGGAUUUGGAGACAGAAGUGUUUUUAGCAGCAUUUCUAAAGCUGGAUGGGCCUUGGGGUCAGGCUGACUUGAAAACAAAAUGCAGGCAGCUGAAUUUGAGUCCAUGCAAAGAUGAUGUGUCGGCUCCAAAAGAAGGGAUCGAUUGCAUCGUCUGAGUUGGCUUCAGCACCCCAGAACACACCCUUCCUAUGGAUGAUAUUGGCAGCCGGAUUGCACAUCAUGGCUGGGUUACCUGGCACAUUCUGAAAACCAUCCUCCUGGGCCAGAUGCUCUCCUUGUUUAUCUGUGGGACUGCUGUUACAAGCCAGUACCUAGCGGAACAAUACCAAGUGAAUACUCCGAUGUUGCAAAGUUUUAUCAACUAUUUUCUGCUUCUUCUAGUUUAUACAACAAUACUGGCAUUUAGGACUGACGGUGACAGUCUUCUUCAAAUUUUGAAGCAGAGGUGGUGGAAGUACCUAUUUUUGGGACUGGCUGAUGUUGAAGCCAAUUACACGAUUGUAAAAGCCUACCAGUACACGACCCUCACGAGCGUGCAGCUGCUGGAUUGUUUUGGGAUCCCCGUGCUGAUGGCUUUGUCCUGGUUCAUCCUCCGCGCAAGAUACCGACUGAUCCAUUUUAUCGCAGUUGCCGUCUGCUUGCUGGGUGUGGGAACAAUGGUGGGUGCUGACAUUUUGGCAGGGAGGCAAGACAGUGAAGGAAGUGACGUGGUGAUUGGAGAUGUCUUAGUUCUUCUGGGUGCUUCUUUGUAUGCCAUAUCUAAUGUGAGUGAGGAAUACAUUGUGAAAAAUCUGAGCAGAGUGGAGUUUCUAGGAAUGGUGGGCUUGUUUGGGACUAUUAUCAGCGGUCUACAGCUAGCCAUCGUGGAACAUAGGGAUAUAAUGAGAAUUCAAUGGAACUGGAAAAUUGCGUUGCUGUUCGCAGUGUUUGCCCUGUGUAUGUUUGGGCUGUACAGCUUCAUGCCAGUAGUGAUUAAAGUAACGAGUGCAACCUCGGUCAACUUGGGCAUUCUGACUGCGGACCUCUACAGCCUGUUCUUUGGACUUUUCCUGUUUUACUACAAAUUUUCAGGUCUUUAUAUCCUGUCCUUCGUCAUCAUCAUGGUGGGCUUCGUCUUGUACUGCUCCACUCCGACUCGGACUGCAGAGCCCACUGCCGUGCCGCAGCUGCACAGCACCGGCUUGGACAACGCUGGGCUGAAGCUUGAGGAAAACGACAGCCAAACGCCGGCUGUAACCGUGCAGUUCACGAGAGAGGAAUCUGUGGUGGUCAGCACUGAUUAAAAAAAUGGCAGCAUUUCAAAACAGAGCUUUUAUUUUACUGCCAAAGUUUCCUUCAAAUAUUAAUCUGGAGAACUGUUCUACUGCCAAGGCGUAUGUCAUGCUGCGCUGGUUUUAAUGCACUGGAUAGACUUUUUAAGGCCAGAUCUUCAAUCAGUGAAACUGUAUUGAUUUACCCUUGCAGAAAACCUGGCCCUUUGAAGAAGACAGAGUAAUAUUUAUGUGGAGUCUCUGGGAGGUGAGAGACUGUUAUUUUUAAAUGCUUAAUUAACUUAACAGCAAAUGCUUGGGGGAAAAAGCCAAAGAAUGUUCUCAGGUUGCUAACUAGAGCAAAUACACUUUAUAUUGCAUUAGGGACCUAAAUCUGCAAGAUGUUACCGGAGGGCUUCAUGUUUCCCACUCCUCACGUGGGUACCCUCACAUAGCAUCUUGCAAAAGCCACUCAGCUUUUCAUGGGUUCUAGCGCUGCGAGCCGUGUUAUGUGCACACACCUUCCACGUGGGCUUUAUUUAUCUGCUGAAGGCUUUUGCUUCUGACAUUCCAGCUUAAAUGUUUGUCUCAUCAUAUUCCUGCAUUCUUUGUCGCAGCUGGGGUUGCUACAGAGAAGAAGUAUUUUAUUUUUUAAUUUUACUUACAAAGGCAGUUUGAGUAUGUGUUUUUAUAAUCCCUUCUUUCUCUCUCAGUAGCCUGCUCUUUGGUGCAUUCCCACUAGGUGGAGGAGACAGACAGUCCUCUAUCCCGUAAGAACUGAUUUCAUUUUUUUUUUCUGGAUGAAACAGCAAGUGUUUGAACUGAAGUUCACUUCUCAGUGAAGUUCUUGAAAUGGGACACAUUUCUGCAGAAAGAUUUGAAUAAAAUUUGCAUUUUUAAAUUUUUUUGAGGUCUUAGGCAAUCCUCAUUGCAACGAUAAUGACAUAAUCUCCAAAAGGUUAAAUGCUUUCAGUAGAUUCAUUUGCAGUUUUACUCCCCGUCUUCAUAUUUACAAUAAAAUGAUUAAAAUUCAUGAAGCUGCAGUUUUCACAUCGGUAAAACCAUAUGGGGAUCUUUUUUGUACGAGUCUUCACAGUUCAGGCGUAUAAAGUAACAAUGAAUAAAGUUUUCAGCAGCUGAA